UCUUUUGUGGCUCCCCCCCUUUCCCUCGUCCUCUCCAAUCAAAUAAAUUUCAAUUCAAUUCUAUUCAAUUACUUGGGGAGGACGGAGGACGAGGAAGAGGAAGAAGAUAAAAGCAAAGAGCCAAAAAAAAAAAAGAAAAAAUAAAAGCUGUUACCUUUUGCCUCUCUUUCUCCUACACAUAGUAAUAGUAGUAGUUGAGAACGUAGAGCAAAAAUAAAUACCUUUUGUGUUCUCCACCUCGACGUUCAUGGCGUCCUCCUCGGCCCCCAAGCUCCUCAUACGCGCCCCGCUCUCCUCCGAGGACAACGACUCCCCCUUCUCCUCCGACCCCGACGAGAUGGAGGAGGAGGAGGGGUUCGGCACCGCCUCCGAGGGCGACGAGCAUGGCGAUGUCCCCCGCGGCGGCGCCGCUCCCCGGGGAGCGGCGCCACCCUUGGCGGUGUGGGGAUCGAUGCCGAUCGCGCCCGUUACUUUGGACGAAGAAGAUGACGAGGAGGCGUUCGAGGACAGCGACGGGGAUGGGUUCUCUCCCGUGGCUAGGGUUUUUAUCCCGGAUCGAAGUCCCGCCUUGGGGGAGAAAGGCGGGGCCUUGGUUGACGAGGGAGAUGGCGCGGUGUUCGAAACUAGGGUUCCGGUCCCCGCGGAGGGUGGAGAUGGGGUUUUGGGCGUGGAGGAGGAGGAAGCAACUGAUUUCCCAUUCGCGAAAGAUGAGAGCUCGGAUGCCGCUUUUGCUAUCGAGAGCAUGAAUGCGGAGGAGAACGAAGAAGGGGAUGAGACUUCCACUUCCAUUGAUAGCAUCGAUGGGGAUAUCUCUGUAAGUGAUGCUUCCCAAUCAAAUUUUGGUGUUGGUGAGUUUGAGAAUAGUCAGAGUGUUGAUGUCGGCUCUUUAGAGAAGCUUGCCGGUGCAAAUCGUGGAGAGCGUGAUGAAGAUAAGGUGUUCGGUGAAAGUUCCGAACAAACUUUUCCGAGCACGGUAGAGAAUACUCUGGAUGAGCUUAAUCCAUUGAAUGAUGGUGCGAGCAUUGGUAAAAGUGAUGCUCUGAAUCGAGAAACUGUUGCAGCAGAAGGUGGCGAAACAGUCUUGGCGCUUGAGGACUCGGCUUCAUCGGAGGGCUGCAUAGUUGGUAAUGGAGAAACUGAUGAGACUUUGAUGACCGAUACUGCGCUGAACGAAGAUGUGAACCCUGGCGGCAACGAUGAUGAAGGAUAUGAAUGUUUGAAUUCCGACCAGCUUGUUGGUGCGCCCAUCCUUGAGAGCUCUGAAUUUGCCGAGCAGCUCUUGAACGAAUCGGGAGAAGAUUACGCGCAAGAGAUUGACGGACAAGGCAUUCUAGAUUCGGAUGAAGACGAAGAGGAGGAGGCCAAUGAGAAGCAGCAAGUGUUCGAUCCUGACGCCUUGGCUGCCGCACUUCUAAAGGCGGCAACUGGUUCCUCCAUUACUUCUCAAGAAGCUUGUAGAAUCUUCUCUGCUGAACCCGAGAUCGAGGUGAGUGGUAAGGAGAAGAGCUUGCAUGAUAAGGUCGAAUCGAUCAGAGUGAAGUUCCUCCGCCUCGUCCACCGCUUGGGGCACUCUCCCAAGCACUUUGUGGCCGCGCAAGUUCUUAACCGGCUAACCCUAGCCGAUGGCAUCCGAACGCAAAUGAACCGAGAUUCCAUUCUAGAAAGUUCUCAAAAGAAGGCCUUGCAGAUUGAAGCUGAGGGAAAAGAGGAUUUGGACUUCUGUUGCAGCAUACUUCUUAUUGGAAAGAGUGGAGUGGGCAAGAGCGCCACCAUAAAUUCCAUCUUUGACGGGGAUAAGUCCAAGACUGAUGCUUUCGAACCAGCCACCAAUUCGGUUAAAGUGAUUGCCGGGAUUGUAGAUGGUGUUAAGAUUCAGAUCAUCGACACUCCAGGCCUUAAACCUUCUUUAGUGGACCAUUCAUGGAACAGGAGGAUUCUCUUAUCGAUCAAGAAGUAUGUGAAGAAAUGCUCGCCCGAUAUAGUUCUCUAUGUGGACAGAUUGGAUAUUCAAACAAAUGAUUUCAACGAUUUGCCUCUUCUAAAAUUGAUUAGUACUACUUUGGGUUCGUCGAUUUGGUACAAUGCGGUUGUUGCUCUAACGCAUGCUGCUUCCGCUCCCCCUGAAGGUCCGAGUGGUUCUCCGAUGAGUUAUGAGGUGUUUGUAGCUCAGAAAUCUAUUAUAGUUCAGCAGGCUAUUAAGCUAGCAAGUGGCGAUUUCCGAUUGGUCAAUCCUGCAGUCUUAAUCGAGAACCAUCCUUUAUGCAGGAGGAACACGAAGGGCGAAAGGGUUCUUCCUAAUGGUCUAAAAUGGAGGCCCGAAUUGCUUCUCCUGUGCUACACUUCGAAGAUCUUAUCUGAAGCCGAUUCCCUACCAAAGCUCCCUGAGAAGCUAUUUAAUUUCCACCACCAUUCGCUUCCGCUCCCUUUCCUGCUCUCUUCUCUCAUGAAGCCGAGAGUGCACCCAAAGCUCCUAACUGAUGGUACCGGUGAGAUUGGGGACUUGGACACCGAUCUCGGUGACUCGUCAGAAGUUGACCAAGAGCAAGAAGAAGAGGAUGAGUAUGAUAAGCUUCCACCUUUCUGGCCGCUGAGUAAAGCUGAAAUUGCGAAACUCACCAAGAAGCAAAGAAAAGCUUAUUUCGACGAGUACGAUUACCGCGUUAAGCUUCUUGAGAAGAAACAGCGGAAGAUGCUAAGAAGAUUGGCUGAAAUGAAGAAGAGGGGGAAAAGCAAUGACACCGAUUUGCCUGGAGAGUUUUAUCAAGAUAAUGCUCCUCCAGCCACUGUACCCGACCUGCUUGAAGAGGAACUACCUCUUUCGUUCGAUGGCGAUAAUCCCACUUAUAGGUACCGAUUUUUAGACCCAACUUUGGGAGUUAUGGCCCGGCCCAAACGCGGAAUUGGAUGGGAUCACGAUUGUGGGUAUGAAGGGGUGAUCGUAGAAGAUAGCCUUGCUCUCAUUGAUCGGUUCCCUGCUGCAAUAUCAGUGGACCUUACGAAGGAUAAGAAGGAAUUUAUUAUCCAUUUGGUUUCCUCCAUCUCGGCUAAGCAUGGCACAAAUGGUUCAACUCUUGCCGGUUUCGAUAUCCAAACUUUUGGUCAGCAGCUCACUUAUGCAUUGCGAGGGGAGACCAAAUUCAAGAACUUAAAAAAAAACACGACUGCUGGGGGAAUUUCAGUAACAUUUUUGGGAGAGAAUGUGGCGACUGGGGUUAAGCUAGAGGACCAACUUUCUAUCGGAAAGAGGGUGUCUUUGGAUUUAAGUGCGGGUGCCGUCCGAGCCCUAAGCGAAACUGCUUACGCGGCCAACCUGGAAGUGCUGUUGAGAGAAAAGGAUAAUCCGAUUGGGCAAGCCCUCUCGGCCGUUGGGUUGUCGUUGAUGUCGUGGCGCGGUGACUCCGCUUUUGGUGCGAAUUUGCAGUCUCAGUUUGAUGUGGGAAGGAGAUCGAAGAUGGCGGUUCAAGUUGGACUUAAUAAUAAGCUCAGCGGCCACAUCACUCUUAGAACGACAACCUCGGAGCUCUCCCAAAUCGCACUAGUUGGUAUUCUCCCGAUUGUUAUAUCUCUACUCAGGUGCUUACGAUUCAGUACAACUUCCUAAUGAAUUCUCGGUUAUAAUUUUAGGAUGAUUAGUGUUAUGGAACUGUGAUGGAAUCAUAGCAACAGCAUAGUGUUAGAUUUUUUUUUUUUUUGAGAGAUAGGUAGAGCAGUGUUAGAUUUAGUUAAGUAAAAUGUAUUAGUUUCCGUAGUAAGUUUUUUGACACUGAAUGUAAAGCUUUUCGUUCAAGUGCGAAGUGUGAAAAUACCAAAAAUGAUACUUGCAAAGAAGCUUCAGCUGAGCCAAA